AUGGAUCACUUGCCGUCGCCGAUGAAAAGCCUGGCGUCGUCGUCGGACGGAGCGAAGGUGGUGGACGCGUACAAGAAGGCGCUCGCCACGGCGGCCUCGGUGGCCGCGUACGCCAUGCUCGCGCGCGGCAUGGCGCGGGAGCUCCUCCCCGAGGAGCUGCGCGUUGCGGUGCGCUGGGGCGCGGCGUUCGUGCUCGCCCGCCUCGGCGGCGGCCGCGGCAAGGACCAGGAGCGCCACACCCUCAUCGUCCGCCGCUACCUGGACGGCGGGCCAGGGUACGGCGAGAACGACCUGUUCGACGCCGUGCUCACGUACCUGGCCACCAAGAUCGACCCCCGCACCAUGCCCCGGCUCUGCGUGUCCCGCUCCCGCAAGAAGGAGCCCGACGCGAGCGGCAACUGGAGCACGCUGCUGUGCAUGGAGCCCGGGGGAUCCACCACGGACGCCUUCGACGGCGUCGAGUUCAAGUGGACUUCCAUCGAGGCCGGCGGCGGCGGCAGCGAAGGCGGCGGCAAUAAGGGGGCCAAGGGAGGCCCGACGCUGGAGCUCAGCUUCGACGCGGAGCACACGGAAACCGCGCUGGAGAAGUACGUGCCCUUCGUCAUGGCCAGGGCGGAGGAGCUGCGGCAGAGGGCACGCGCGCUCAAGAUCUUCCUCAACAGCGGCGGUGGCUGGAAAGGCAUCAACCACCACCACCCGGCCACGUUCAACACGCUCGCCAUGGACCCGGCCAUCAAGCAGGCCGUCAUCGACGACCUCGACCGGUUCCUGAAGCGGAAGGAGUACUACCAGCGGAUCGGCAAGGCGUGGAAGCGCGGGUACCUGCUCUACGGCCCGCCCGGCACCGGCAAGUCCAGCCUCGUCGCCGCCAUGGCCAACUAUGUCCGCUUCAACCUCUACGACCUCGAUCUCUCCGGGGUGUACGACAACUCCACGCUGCAGAGGCUCCUCAUCGACAUGCCCAACAAGUCCGUCCUCGUCAUCGAGGACAUCGACUGCAGCUUCGACACCAUGUCGAGGGAAGACCGCAAGGUAUCGGAUCAGGCCAAGGACUACACAGACGAGGAGGAGCUAGACGACGAAGACGAGUAUGCCCGAGCGUACCAUGCGAGACCAGGAGGUUACAAUGAUCGCAAGAUAACACUGUCUGGACUGCUAAAUUUCAUUGACGGGCUGUGGUCGACGAGCGGCGAGGAACGCAUCAUCCUCUUGACCACCAACUACAAGGACCGGCUCGACCCGGCACUGCUGCGGCCCGGGCGCAUGGACAUGCACGUCUACAUGGGCCACUGUGGUUGGGAAGCAUUCAGGACGCUGGCCCGGAACUACCACCUCAUCGACGACCACGCUCUGUUUCCGGAGAUACAGGAACUGCUUGCAGUGGUGGAGGUGACGCCGGCCGAGGUGUCCGAGAUGCUGCUCCGGAGUGAGGACGUGGACGCUGCGAUGCGAGUGCUGACGGAAUUCCUGCAACAAAAGAGACGGAAGGCAAAUGAGGCAGAGGACAAGAAUUAA